CGCUGGCGUCGCCAGUCGCCCCGUCGACGCCGUUCGUCUCCUCGUCGUGUUCGCGGCGCGGUUCGACCGGGCAGUUCUCGACGACGCCGUUCAAUUUUUCUCGGCGCGCGUUCCGCUUGCCACCGCUUCCCGGGAUAAUACUGCCGUUUCACGAGUCGUGACGCUUUCUCGCUGACAUCCUCGACGUCGAGAUCCGGCUGCUUUAUCAUAUUUCUUACCGAUUUCUCACCGCGUCUCCGAUUUGACGCCGGAAGUGCACGCGGUUCAUCGUCGCGUCUGCCUCGCGACGUGCGUCUUUGCUCGUUAUCGCUUGACGGAGCGCAAGAAAAUGGCGACUGCUGUGCCGUCGCGAUUCGCCGUUCUCAGCAUCGAGGACGAUGAUUAUAAACCGAAGAAGACGCAAAAGAACGCGACAACGAGCAAGACUAACACUAAGAAUAAGGCUGACAAGUCGAAGCAGCAACAACAGCAGCAGCAACAGCAGCCGAACAAAAAAAAACAAAACAAAGGAAAAAAGAAAAAAACGAAUAACGAUGACCAGCAGUGGGAACAGUGGAAACAAAAGGAUACAAUGGCUGUUGAGGAAACAUUUGAACAAGAAUUGCACCAAGCCAUUCUGUUGUCAAAAUUGGCAUACGAAGAACAAUUAGUUAGCGUAGCGAAAAAUGAAAAAGAUCAUGAACAGAAUAAGAAAUCUGGUAAAAAAUCGAAAAAGGCAACUAUGUCAUUGGAAGAAUUUAAUAGCAUGGGAACUAAUGUGACAGUAGCAUCAAUAACAAAUGAACCUGCAGACAAGUCAAGAGAAGUAGACGCAGAAUUCUUUGAGAGGAUAGAGAAGGAGACGAAAGAAGAAAUAACAAAGGGAAAAGAAAAGGAUAUGUUAAAGGCUAGAUUAAAUAAAAUCGACGACGAUAUAACGUUUGCGCAGUUAAGAGUAGAGAUUGAAAAACGUGAUGAAAUAAUUAGCCAAUUGAGAACCGAGGUACAUAUGAUGAAAGAAGAGUUGACACAAGUUAAGGAGAGAAAUAAAAAACUUUAUCAGAUAUUAUCACAUGGCGAGAUGAAGGAUAAAGCAUCAGUAUUGGCUGAAGUUGCAAAGCUACAAGAGAUACGAGACGAACUAACAUCCGAGGUAGCUUCUUUACAUGCUCAACUGGAGCAAGAAAGAUCUAAAACACGUACAUCAAGUGUAGAUGUAAAAACAUCUAAACAAACUAACAAGAAGAGGCCGGCCAGUGAAAAUGCCUAAUUCGUUUUUCACGAAAAACUACUAUUGUGAUCAAUUAAUUUUAAUUAACGAUGCAUAUUGAGUAAGUAGCAAUUUGAAAAGAAGGAACAUUAUAUUUACAAAGGGAAAUGUUGAUUUUUCAUUGCAAUACAAUGUACGUUGUACUUUGACAAGUACCACAUAUAUUGUAUUUGUUAAAAAUAAGUUUAAGAUACGUUAGACAGCAGUUAGCUGAUCGUUUUGCAAAAUAUAUAUCUUGAAAGUAGGAUUACAGUCUGUGUGUUGAUAGUUUUUCAUUUUUGUUUUUUACAAGACUGUAAUGCAUGUAUUUUAUAUUUCUUUUCUUAAUAAGUUUAGUAAGUUUCAAAAAUUCGAGAAUAUUACGUUAAAGAAAAAUUUUCUGAAAUAUUUGCUAACGCUCUUCCAAAAUAAGGAUUUAAUGUAAUGUAUCAUCUUCCGAAUUGUGUAUUAACAUAUUAUACAUACACGUAUUCGUGUGAAUAUAAAUUCACACAUAUACACACACGGGCAUGUAUGUAUGUGGUCGAUAUAUAUAUAUGUACGUGUAUGUGUGUGUAUGUGUGUAUUACUUGAAAUAUUUUGUAAUAAAUAUAUAUAUAUUCUACACAAUACUGUCAAUCACUUUCAUUCCUUUUAAGUGUUCAGAUAAACAUGUGUUAAUAUAUAAUUUGUGUAACAAAUUUAACAUUAUUAUUUAAUCAUUUAAUGAGUAAAGAAAAGUUGUUUAUUAUUUCUUUAACGAGUAUUACUCUGUUAUAUCUCAAUUUGGUGUGAUUUUCUAUAUUUCUAUAAAAAUAGCUUUCUCCACAAAAUUUUCUCUUAUAAUUUUUCAUUCUUAUUUGUGAUCAGAGACUAAUCUUAAUUUAUCUUAACUUUCAUUCCAAGGUAUUAAGAAUUAAUAUUCUGAAAUAUAUCUAGUGCUACGAGUAAUGCGGGAUAAACUUAAAUUUUGUUAAACAUCACAAAACUCGAAUAAAAAAGAUUACGCUUGUGACUCACUAUCCGAGUUUAUUAAUAAGCGUAACGCGUGAUUUCACGUUAA